AUCUUAUCAGGAUCAGAUGAUGGAAAUUUGGUCGUCACAGACCCACACACCCAAAUUGUCAAAACUUUGGUGAAGUCGAGGCAUCGAUCUAGCAUUCACAGUGCCCGGUUUAUGCCCCAAACUGGUGACCAUGUUGUAGUCUCGGCUGCAGCGGAUGGCAAGAUCUUCUACACCAACAUCACCAAGGGACCCAGCAGCGCCACGCAGUACCAGUACCACUGUCAUAAUGGUGCCGCCUACAAGAUUCUGACAGUCCCUAAUGAUCCCCACUCCUUCCUGUCAUGUGGAGAAGAUGGGACCAUCCGCUGGUUUGACGUCCGCAGCUCUCCCUCCUGCAGGCAGAGUAACUGCAAACAGGAUAUACUGAUAGACUGUCGGCGAGCUGUGACGGCAAUGGCUAUCUCCCCACUGGACCCGUUCUACCUGGCUGCCGGCUGCUCAGACAGCUCAGUCCGAAUCUAUGAUAGGCGAAUGCUUGGCACAGUGGCUACAGGUUGCCCAUUAGGGAGUGGAGUGCUGGGCAUGUGUGUACGCUUUGUGCCCGUUCACCUGAUCAACAAAUCGAGUCGCGUCACCUCACUGUCCUACAGUGGGGACGGGCGGGAGGUGCUGGCCAGCUACACAUCCGACUACCUCUACCUGUUUGACCCCCGCGAUGACACAGCCAGGGAGCUGAAGGGACCCUCCAAGGACCUUAAGAACGAGCCGCGGCAGCCCCCCGUCAAGCGCCUGCGUCUGAGAGGAGACUGGUCGGACACGGGACCCCUGGCACGCCCCGAGAGUGAGAGGGAGCGAGACGGAGGUGCCCGGUCUGAGGUGUCUCUCCUUCAGAGGAUCUCUGAUAUGAUGUCCCGUUGGUUUGAGGAGGCCAGCGAAGCUCAGAGCAGCAGAGUACGGUCCCAGCCGCAGCCCAGAGCCACCCAUGUUGAAGGAGAAGCUCCAAGGCAUCCUCUUGCACCUGCCCCACCCAGCAGCAACCCUCCUGAGGGUGACUCAGAGGAAGAUGGGCCUCGUCUGCCCUCGUUGGAGGUCUCCAAUGCCUCGUCGUCUGAACUGGGAACCAGUCGAUCAACGGCAGCAGAACCAGUGCUGAGCCUCCAUUAUAGCACACAGGGCACCACGGCCAGCACCAUCCAGCUAGACUGGAGGAGAGGCGACCGGCGGCAGAACCAGUCAGGUAGCUUGCACCAUGCAGCGGACCGGUCAAGGAUCAGAGGCCCAGAGGCAGAUGGCACCAUGCGGAGCUCAUCCCUCAAUCAGGAAGACGGAGAUGACAGAGAAGAAGAGGCCAGUCCUGUACAACCACUACCAGAGUGGGGAAGUGGGCGCUCUGCAGCGGCACGAAUUCAGGAAAUUUUCAGGAGACGUAAAGAGAGGCGUGAGCUGGAGGAGAGUGAGUCCAGACGCGUUAGGAAGCCCUCGGUCCAAAUGGUCUACAAGGGUCACCGCAACUCCAGGACUAUGACCAAGGAGUCGUGUUUCUGGGGAGAGCGGUUUGUUCUGAGCGGGUCCGACUGUGGCCACAUCUUCGUCUGGGACCGGCACAGCGGGGAGCACGUGAUGCUGCUGGAGGCCGACAACCAUGUGGUCAACUGUCUGCAGCCGCACCCCUAUGAACCCUUUCUUGCUACCUCUGGAAUAGAUUACAACAUCAAAAUCUGGUCCCCGUUGGAAAAGUUCCCGUCAUUUGACAGAAAGCUGGCUGAAGAGGUGAUCUGUCGUAAUGAGUUGAUGUUAGAAGAGACGAGGAACACCAUUACUGUACCAGCCUCCUUCAUGCUGCGCAUGCUGGCCUCUCUCAAUAACACCUUCAGACCAGAUCAGUCUGAAGCAGAUCGCUCUGAAGCGGAGAAUGAGGACGACCAGUAGUUCCUGUUGAUGGGUGCAGACCCCUGACCCUCACCCCAGAGCUGCCACACGAGUUAGUGAUUUUUGUUUUACACUUGGUUUCUCGUUCAAUAUGGGACUAUUUGGACUUCAUGGCUGAUGGAGGAUGGACAGGCUGUAUUUGAUUGGUGAGACAUAACCUAGUUUUUAGGAUCGAACUGUCCAUAGUUUGGGUGAAGAAGAAUGUAGGACUUCGCUUCAGGCUCAUAGAGCUCAAAAGGUCAUGUAAAUAGCGGGUGAAAAUGAGCAAGUCCUCUGCAGACGGAUCAAUAUCCUCAGGAACCGUACUGGAAAAUGCCACAUUACGGAGAUGUUUGAAAUCAUAAUAUUGCCUUUUAGUGUUUCUUUGAGCCCAAGAGACCGUGGCUUGUGGGUAAUUUCAGGUUGGUUUCACACCCGUCUCCGUUUCAACGCUGUUUUGGUUCAAGAUGAAUUGCUGUUUUCUUUUUUUUAUCAUCCUAUUUCUUGCAACAGUGCUCUGAAGGGUGUGGGACUUGCCUUUUUCUGUUCACAGUGGAAUGAAUGGAUCUGGUGUAGCCGUUUUCGCUCUGUAUGUUGUUUCACACAUUUUUUACCUAUCGCUUUCAUCGAACACACAUGUAAGGUUAUGUGAGUCUGGCCCGAAGUAAACUUCCGCUUUGUGUUUACUGGCUAUACGGCACCGACUACGAACGGAGUGAAAGUUAAGCUGGGCGUUCGUUGCUGAGGUCAGCCCAACGUCAGGUUGUUGUGCAACGAAUGCCAUUUUGAAAAUAACAUUUCGGUUUCUUAAAGAAGAGGGGAGACUCGCGAGCAUGGAUCACCGCUGUGUGAAAAGAGGCGUGGCAGUUAGGCAAGGAUUCGACGAUGUGUUGCUGUCACUUCAUUUCAGGUAUUUUGCUUGUUAUCAGAAACAGUCUAGAGGGGCUCUGUUGCUAUUGGUUGUUUGCGGAAGUCUGCAGGAAGUUAAGGUUUGGGCCAUAAUGACGGCACCGUUGAAAGCGACUAUAGCUUUAUUCUCCAAAAGACUUUGUAGGUUAUUUGUGACAAGACCCUUUCACUUGCGUGCGUUCAUUCAUGUGUGGCUGUUGUAUAUCUUUUAAAACCAGUUCUCAGUUCAGCCAUAACACUGUUUACCAGUAGAUACUACUGGAAACAAGGGUGUGCCACUGUAAAAUUACAUGGUAUGAACCUUUUUUUAAAAUGUUUUUUGUUUUGAGAACAGGAGCUAUUCUUCAUUAAAUAAAAGUAUUUUCUCA